AUGUACAAGAGCAACUUUGUCGAAUCUCAAUCCUUCUUCAACAAAUAUAUGUAGUAGGCUAUGAAGAAUAAGAAAAAGGCUAACAACGAAGAUGCAGCUGCAGUCAGAUGUUAGAGAUGUUUGAAAUAUGGUCAUUUGACUUAUGAAUGCAAAAAUGAAAAUGUGUAUUUGUAUAGACCCUCAAGGACGAUGCAAUUCAAAGAGAAAUAAUUACAAUACGAAUUAAAUAGUGAAAAGCCACCUGAGGUUCCUGAUGCAUUUGAUGGGGAUUGGAAAAGAAACACAAAAAAGAAGGUGCCUUUGGAAGUAUCUUCAGAUUCAAGCAGUGAUGAGGAGGUGUAGGUCAAGAAAGAGGGAACCACAAUCAAUGUAAAGAAAUAAAAGAGUUCAUCUUCUGAGAGCAGCAGUGAGGAGUCAAGUAGUAGUGAUAGUGAUAGUGAUUCAUCAGGUUCAUCCUAAAAGAGAAGAAAGAAUAGAUCCAGGGACAAGAAAUAAAGAAAAUGA